AUGGUACAUACCCAAGUCAAUUUAGAUUCACUUCCAGACUUUGUAAAGAACUACGCAGAGUUACUUUCAGACAAAGUCGGUGGACAAGUUUUGAGUUGCAGUGACCAAUGGUUUGCUCCAUGUGUAAACUUAAUCAGUAAUGUUGCUCCUAUUUGGGCUGAAGGUAAAUAUGUAGAUACUGGCAAAUGGAUGGACGGUUGGGAGACAAGAAGACAUAAUCCAACUUAUGAUUGGUGUAUUCUUAGGUUAGGAAUGUCUGGUGUUAUCAAAGGUUUCGAGAUUGAUACCGCUUUCUUCACCGGUAACUAUCCCCCAUUUGCAUCGAUCGAGGCAAUCUGUGAUGACAGUGAGCCAACCGCCAAGAAAUUAGAGGCCAGCAAUGAAUGGUUCGAAGUCUUGGCAAAGUCAAAUUUGGGACCUGGAUGCAAGCAAUACUUUGCCAUUGAUUCUUCAAAGCGUUGGACUCAUUUGCGUUUCAAGAUCUACCCAGACGGUGGUGUUGCCAGACUCAGAGUCUAUGGUCAGGUCUCCAAGGACUGGUCAUUGGUUAUCCCAGGAGAGUUGGUCGAUUUAGCUGCAAUUGAAAACGGUGGAAUCGUAGUGGGUUGCAGUGACAUGUAUUUCGGUAACAAGAACAACAUUAUUAUGCCAGGUAGAUCUGUCAAUAUGGGUGACGGUUGGGAGACCAAGCGUAGACGUGGUGAAGGUUACGAUUGGUUGGUUGUCAAGCUCGGUGCCUCUGGAAGUGUCAAGCGUGUAGAAGUCGAUACCAAUUGGUUCAAGGGUAAUUUCCCAACUUCAUGCUCCAUCGAUGGUAUCUACUCUGAUUCCGAAAACGAUGUACCAACCGGUCAAUGGUCAGAGAUCUUACCAAACACAGCUCUCACCGGUCAUCACAGACAUCUCUUCCAAAGAGAGCUCAAAGACACCGAUAAAACAUUGACUCACAUCCGAUUAAAUAUUUAUCCAGAUGGUGGUGUUAGUCGUCUUCGUAUUCAUUGUGCUCCUUCGCAAUCAGCUCAAGUUGAAAACAUACGUAAAAUAAAUAUGUAA